AUGCCAACACCAACAUCGAUGCCAACACCAAUGUUGAUGCCAACACCAACGUCAAUACCAACACCAACGUCAAUGCCAACACCAACGUUAAUACCAACACUAACGUCAAUGCCAAUACCAACAUCGAUGCCAACACCAAUGUCGAUGUCAACACCAAUGUUGAUGCCAACACCAACGUCAAUGCCAACACCAACGUCAAUGCCAACACCAUUUUUGAUGUUGAUGCCAAUGUUGAUAUCAAUGUCAAUACUAACAUUGAUGCCAACACUAUUUUUGAUGUCAAUACUAAUACCAAUAACAAUGUUUACUAUAGAGUGA